ACAGCCAUCCAUCUCCCUUCCUGCGCCCAUCCAUCCCUCUCGCCUCGUGUUGACACCGUCGUCUAGACAGGCAGAAAGAGAGAGAGGAAUUCGAUCAUCAUCACACAACGCUAAGCUAAGCGACUCGUCGUCGUCGAAGCCAUGGUGGUGUGGGUGAACGGGCCGAUCGUGGUGGGCGCCGGGCCGGCGGGGCUGUCGGUGGCGGCGUGCCUCCGCGCCCGUGGCGUGCCGUCGGUGGUGCUGGACCGCGCCGACUGCGUCGCCUCCCUGUGGCAGCGCCGCGCGUACGACCGCCUCCGCCUCCACCUGCCCCGCCACUUCUGCGAGCUCCCCGGGAUGCCCUUCCCGGAUCACUAUCCGGAGUACCCCACCAAGAGCCAGUUCGUCGACUACCUCGAGGCCUACGCGGCGCGCGCCGGCGUCGAGCCGCGCUUCAACCAGGCCGUCACCUCGGCGCGCUACGACGCCGCCGCGGGGCUCUGGCGGGUGCGCGCCGAGGACGCCUCCGCCGGGGGCGCCGGCACCGCUACCGAGUACAUCGGCCGCUGGCUCGUUGUCGCCACGGGCGAGAACGCCGAGCGCGUCGUGCCGGACUUCGACGGCGCCGACGAGUUCGCCGGCCCCGUCUCCCACGUCUCCGAGUACAAGUGCGGUGAGGCGUACCGCGGCAAGCGCGUUCUCGUCGUUGGCUGCGGCAACUCAGGCAUGGAGGUCUGCCUCGACCUCUGCGACCACAAUGCCCUCCCCGCCAUGGUCGUCAGGGACUCGAAGGUGCACGUCCUGCCGCGGGAGAUGUUCGGCGUCGCGACCUUCUACAUCGCCGCCUUCCUCCUCCGCUUCCUGCCGCUGUGGCUCGUCGACAUGAUCCUCGUCGUCCUCGCGCGCCUCUUCCUCGGCAACCUGGAGAAGCUCGGCAUCCACCGCCCCUCCGGCGGCCCGCUGGAGCUCAAGAACACCAGGGGCAGGACGCCGGUGCUCGACAUCGGCGCGCUCGCCAGGAUCCGCUCCGGCGACAUCGAGGUCGUGCCGGGGAUCAAGAGGUUCUUCCGCGGCGGCGCCGAGCUCGUCGACGGCCGCCGCGUCGCCGCCGACGCGGUUAUCCUCGCCACCGGCUACCACAGCAACGUCCCUCAGUGGCUCAAGGGAAGUGACUUCUUCACCCAGGAAGGGUACCCCAGGGUGCCGUUCCCAGACGGCUGGAAGGGGGAGUCAGGGCUCUACUCUGUUGGCUUCACCAGGAGAGGCCUCUCCGGCGUCUCCUCCGACGCCGUCAAGGUUGCGCAGGACAUCGCCAUGGAAUGGGACCAGCAAACUUCCACAUUAUGAUGGAUUGAUGGAUGGACAAUGAAAGAACUUACCGAUGGCCAUCGUUAACCGCUGAUGGACCUGCUAACGUCACAUAUCUUGCCAUCGAAUUGGUGCAUGUCCAACAAAGCUCGACACAAUUUGGCCAAGAAUUGUCCAGGCACAAGUUCAGACAUACAGGACCAUCUUGGAGCAGAGAAGUUCCGGGGAACCAUAGACCAAGAAACAGAGGACGAUCCAGUGGUGCCAGAAACAAACUUAAGAGUGUCAGGGAUGAUGCUUCGUUCAACGAUGGCGAGGAGGCCGGAUUGUGCGCAUCAAGUAGCAGAGCCCAGAUUUUGCUGUACCCAUGGGCCCUUAUAUAUGUACAGAGUGUUAUGUAGUAAAGUUGUGUAUAGUACUUCUAGUGGUUGGUAGAGUGUUAGAAAAGUUGACAUGCAUGUGUACUACCUUGAUGUUUAUGUAUGAAGUUGACAAUGAGAAUGACCUAUUCUAUUUAA